CCGCCCCCCGGCUCUGGACUAGGGGGGAAGUAAACAAGGGGAGGAGCGAAGCUCACAGAUCCAGGCUGGAGCAUGCUGGGGUCCUGGGGGCCCCGGCUCCCCGCUCUGGGAGUCGUGUUCCUGUUGCCUUUGCUGCCUCUCCUGCUGCCCGCGGCUCCCGAGUCCCCCAAAGUUCCCUACAAACCUAUCAUCAUAGUGCAUGGACUCUUUGACAGCUCUGCCACCUUUAGGCACCUGCUGCAGUACAUCAACGAGACACAUCCAGGGACACUGGUGACAGUGUUGGAUCUUUUCGAUGGGGGAGAGAGUCUUCGACCACUGUGGGAACAGGUGCAAGGAUUCCGGGAAGCUGUGGCCCCUAUCAUGGAGCAGUCCCCCCAUGGAGUACAUCUCCUCUGUUAUUCCCAGGGGGGCCUCAUCUGCCGGGCACUACUCUCUGUCAUGGAUGAGCACAAUGUAGAUACUUUCAUCUCCCUCUCAUCUCCACAGAUGGGGCAGUAUGGAGACACAGACUACCUGAAAUGGUUGUUUCCUACCUCCAUGAGGUCUAACCUAUACAGAAUCUGCUACAGUCCCUGGGGCCAGGAAUUCUCUAUCUGUAACUACUGGCAUGAUCCCCACCACUCUGACUUGUACCUCAAUGCUAGCAGCUUCCUGGCCCUAAUCAAUGGGGAGAGAGAUCAUCCCAACGCCACUGCGUGGCGGAAGAACUUCCUCCGUGUGAAGCGUGUGGUUCUGAUUGGGGGCCCUGAUGAUGGUGUUAUUACUCCCUGGCAGUCCAGCUUUUUUGGCUUCUAUGAUGCAAAUGAGACAGUACUAGAGAUGGAAGAGCAGCAGGUUUAUCUCCGGGAUUCCUUUGGGCUGAAGACCCUGUUUACCCGAGGGGCCAUUGUGAGGUGUCCAACACCUGGCAUCCCACACACUGCUUGGCACUCCAACCGCUCGCUCUAUGAGGCCUGCAUUGAACCUUGGCUUUCCUAAGCUCCUUCUUGGACAACCCAAGAACUCUAAACUUGGAGAUGCUAAGACUGGAACUCCUAAACCUGUCUCUUUGAAGAUCCAACAAUGAGCCUGGCUCUUCUGUUAUCCCCUGGCUGCCCAACUUCUACAAGCUGUCCUUUCCCCCAAAAGAGGGCUCCCAGGUCUACCUUUGCCUGUAUCAAUUAUAAACUACAGCCUCCCAGCUAUCUGGCCCUCUUCCUUUUCUCAUCCCUAUAUCCUCUCAUUUCUGGGAGGGUGGUAGAAAACUAGGAUUUUAAUCUCUUGACUGCUGCUGUCCCCAUACUCUGGGGAUGUGGAGGGAGAACCCAGCCCUUUGCCUCACAGUGGGGUCCCCUCCAAGUGACUCAGGACAUUUUUAGUUUCUGUUCCCCAUGUAUUCCCUUUCUUUCCCUCCUCACCUCAGCCCCCGGAUGGACAACCUGGGGUAGGAGAUCUGGGGUCCCCCAAUGGGGUGAUCCUAAGGACAAAUAUGUUUUUGAAUCGUCACUAUUGGGGUAUCUAUGGCCGAUGAGGCCUGUCUCAGGUUUGGGGUAGCCCCUACCCCCUGUCUUCAGUGUUGGGGUCUCCCCUAGAAGCAGUUUCUCUGAGGACCCUACCCCAUAAAUCCCACCUUUGUGUAGAGGGGAUGUUUUCCCUGUAUUUAUGGAAAUAAAAUUCCGUUUGCUCAA